AUGGGGUCCGAACUUGCAUUGGCCGUCCAAGAUUGUGUGACGGAGAGCACGGCUCUACUAUUCCCACUGAUCAAAAAGAUCAAUGAAGUUCGAGCACUAAAAAAGGAAUGCGAGGUCCUGGGUAUCCGAGCCAACAUCUUGGUUCAUCUUCUGGACAAGCAUAGAGGCGCAAUCACCUCUUUCGGGAGAUUGGGCCAGUUCACGGCAUGUCUGAAUAGAAUUGACGCCUUCGUGUCUGCGAUCAACCAGUGCAGAUCCUAUGACAAAGCCCUUAGGUUAUAUUGGACACAAGAGUACCUGUCGCUCAUAGGCCAAAUUUUGUCUAUCAAAUCGAUUUUUCUAGUCGAAUCAGUGACUCAAAUCUUAUCACGGGAGGACCUGGUCAGUUUACGAUUGGAGAGCGUGUUGAAGACUCAGGGAUCACUGAAAGAGAUUGUACUUUACCUGCAAACAUCCGCAAAGCUUGUCGAAGACGGGAAAACAGAUUGGCUCUCUUCCGCUCCGGUCGUUGAACUGCACACGGAAUUUCAAGAAAAGGACUUUACAUUUUCAUUCGAGUCCCAAGACGGCCUCUUCAAACGUGGCGCUAUCAACAAAGUCGGCCAAGUCGCGUGUUACAAGAUUCAGUUGACCAGGUCGAUGCCAGAGUUCUUGAAGAUAUAUAAGAACAUUCAAGUAGGAGCAUACGCGCAACGGCUGUUUGGAACUGUCAAACUCGGCGAGGAUUACUAUGCUGUGAUGCAGGAUCUAGGAGAUGGCAUGACACUCGCGUCAGCAUGCAGAGAUAAUGGGUUACCGGAUACCGCAUUAGCUCGCGUAUCAUUGGCAUAUGAUAUCGCAAAGACGAUGGCUUGGUACCACAAUGCUCAGCUGCUGCUGAAAUCUUUUUCCGAUCAUACAAUCGUUCUCCAGGAACUCUCAUCUGGGAGAUUGGUUCCGUUCCUCACCAAGUUGCAAAGUGCAAGACACAUUCUGGAACCGACUCCUUGUUUGAAGUACGAUGUCCGGUACGAAGCUCCGGAGUACGCGAGACUUGGAGAACAUUCCAAAUACACGGACAUUUGGAGUCUCGGCGUCAUCAUUUGGCAGUGCCUUACAGGCCUGGUUCCAUACAACAUUUCGAUCGAGGUCGGGGCAGAAGAUGAGGAUUACGCCAAAUUGCGCGAGGCCUUGGACAGGACUCACCUCCCGGGAGAUGUCAACGCAAGCGGCCUCUCUAGCUUUGGAAGCGCUCGGGACUUGAUAGUGCAAUGCUGGAGCAGAAAUCCAUUGCUCAGGCCAACUGCGGCUUCUGCUGCUGACAUGCUGCUUGACCUGAAAGCUCAGCUAGCCAUGUCCACACCGAACGCUCUGGGAGCUGCCGCGGAAGUUGAACAGGCUUCGAAACCAAAGGGCGAAGCCACAGGCGAGAAAGAUGAACCCCAUCAGCCCAAUAACACGGGUGAAGCCGAAGUGAAGAAGGCUGAUGACGAUGACGCCAACAAUUCAGAUGACCGAAAGAUUGAAGAGGCUGUGAAUGCGGCUCUUGCCGUAGUGCUUCAUGCAAGGAAGCUCAACGAGCAGAAACAAGAGUUUCAACAGUCAGAAGAGCAUCUUUCCACAGACCAAUUUCGGUUGUUGUCUGACAAAGGUGGAGACCGCAGCCCAGUUGAAAAUUUCUUGAUUGGAGCAGUCAUUUUCUGGAACGUCUGCGACGUUGUUCAGGAAGAAGUCGAAUCUGCUAGGAUAGAAGGCUUGACGCUCUCAGCCCAAGGCAAGUCCAUUUUUCACCCGUCUUCUAGUCUCUUCUCAGCUGAAGCCAACUAA